GCCUCCGUGGUCUGUUACUGCCCUCGCGCUCAAUGAAUAUCCAUGCUUAUUGGUCUUUUUCCUCGUCACACAGAAUCUCUGCUAGUUGCGGACCCUGUCUCUGAAUAGUCGCCGCCCAAGGGAGUCUCGGAUCUGGCUGUGUUGCUCCUAAUCCCUGUGUCUCCUUCCGUGGGAUUAUCAUGGAGAUGAAGCAGUACAGCCUGUGACUGUCCACUGCUCUGUGAGGACUUUCCUUCAUGUUCUUUUAUCAUACUGGCUUAAUUUGGUGAACUACCAGGAGCCAAAAUGCUGAACCAGAGUGCUGUGAUGAUCUUCACUGGGAUCUGUGGGGCAUUGGUCAUCAUGGCAAUGGCCUACUAUGUCUACUGGUCCGUAGUAUUGGCUGAAGGGCCGUGUAAGCGCGGCUUGUAAGAGAAUCCCACCGUGGUUGGUCAUAGUGUACAGAAAGGAGCUUACUCCACCCUCCAGGCUCCUCAGCUAUGGCUCUGAUGGCCUGCGUGAAGAGCCUGUUCAUCCUGCAGCUGCUGAUGGGCUUUGUGUUUGUGGUGAGCGGCCUCAUCAUAAACUUCAUUCAGCUCUGCACCUGCGUCCUCUGGCCGAUAAACAGGCAGCUCUAUCGCAAGAUCAACUGCCGGCUGUCCUACUCCCUCUGGAGUCAGCUGGUGAUGCUGCUGGAGUGGUGGUCAGGCACAGAAUGCACGCUAUACACUGACCAGGCCACGGUGGACAAGUUUGGCAAAGAGCACGUCAUCACCAUCCUCAACCACAACUAUGAGAUCGACUUCCUGUGUGGCUGGACCAUGUGCGAAAGAUUUGGCAUCCUAGGGAGUUCAAAAGUGCUCGCCAAGCACGAGCUCCUGAAGGUUCCUUUGAUUGGCUGGACCUGGUACUUCCUGGAAAUCGUCUUCUGCAAAAGAAAGUGGGAGGAGGACCGUAAGACUGUGUUCAAGGGACUGAGCCAGCUCAGAGACUAUCCUGAGUAUAUGUGGUUCCUGCUGUACUGCGAGGGAACCCGCUUCACAGAGACAAAGCACCAAAUCAGUAUGCAGGUGGCAGAGAGCAAAGGCCUGCCCAAGCUCAAAUACCACCUACUACCCCGGACCAAAGGCUUCACCACCACCAUGCAGUGUCUCAGGGGCACAGUGAGUGCCGUAUACGACGUAACUUUGAACUUCAAAGACAACCAAACUCCGACCCUCCUGGGCAUCGUCAAUGGCAAGAAGUACAAAGCCGACCUGUGUGUGAGGCGCUUUCCUGUGGAGGACAUACCAACUGAUGAGAAGGAGUGUGCGAUCUGGCUGCACAAGCUCUACCAGGAGAAGGAUGCCCUGCAGGAAAGCUAUAAAAAGGAAGGCAAGUACCCCGGACCCACAAUCGUCCCCCGUCGCAGGCCAUGGACUCUGUUGAACUUCAUGUUUUGGGCCACCCUGCUUCUCUCGCCCCUCAUCAACUUUGCUUGUGGAGUGGUCGUCAGCGGCUCGCCUCUCCUCAUCAUUGGCUUUAUCGUUUUCCUCAUCAUAGCCUCAAUAGCCAUCCGCCGUCUCAUAGGGGUCACCGAGGUGAAGAAAACGGGCUCCAGUUACGGCAACCCGGAGGCCAAGAAACAAAACUAAAGUGUACCCACCUCCCCUUCCCCCCGCCCCUCCCGCGUACAGCCGCUUCUAUGCGGCCACUCUUUGGUAUCUCUCCCUUUCCCAACUUCCUUCUCCUCCGAACCGUUGAGUCAGCUGGUAGUUAGGGGAGGAGACGCAGCUGUGUUACGUGAUGAGAGCAGAGUUAAAAAUACUAAUGGCACUAGAUUGUGAGUGAGCAAAGCGGGCCUGGGGUUCAAAGUCUCUAACAUAUAAAGAGGGGAGAAGGGGUGCAGCACUGGAUUCCCCUCCAUCUUUCUUAGUUAAUCCCACCACCUUCAUCCAAGUUCUGUAAAAUCCCGGUAACACACAAGUUUAAGCUUCUUCACCAGAAGAAAAGAAAUGUACCGUUUAACUUCAAGGUAUCCGGCCAGGCAGACCGUUUAAUGUGCUCUGUCUGAUACACCGCUGACACUUCUUCUGCUCCUCCAUUGCAGUGGAGGUGAGUGCAAUGUCGACUAUUCUGGAAAUGUACAUUUUGAAAAUGUGAAAAAAAAUGACUGUCUGCAAUCGAUCAUUUCUGACACACAAAAAAGACCACAUUGAGAUCAUUGGAUUAUCAAAGUAGGAUGGUUUUAUGGAAUAGACAUUUCAGUUUUUCAGGCAACACUGACAUCCAGUCCGCCUCCAUUGUAUUUGGUUAGCAGCCUGAAGUCCCGGUAGAAAUCUCCAUACAACUCCUGCAUCAUCCACAGGCUUUAGGCACGGCAAAGGUGGAAUGGUCCUUUUUAAAAGUACAACAGUGAGGCUGUUCCACUUGCCUCCCUCCUCCUGAUCCGAUGCCGGCGCGUUGGAAUGCCGUGCACACUGCUCCGCUCUGCUUUUGUAUCUGACGUUCGGUGGAGCCGGAUUGCAGAAUCGGGUCACGAGCGUCUCCAUGCAUCUCUCCGCACAUCAUUUCACUUUCCUGGCAUAGACUGGUAGUGAUGUUUAAACCUUUGCCUUAAGUCAGACUUGCUCAGGCAAGGGAUCGCUCAUCCCCCCCCACUUUGAAACAGCGUUUAAAGGUUCACCCUCUUCCCCCUGCACAGGGCAUGCAGGAGCAGUGUGCAUUCAUUCUGUUAAUUACCAAAGCAAGUGAAUAAUUGAAAGCCAUUUUGAAUUCAAUUUGUGUCCUGCUCCCCCCCCCCCAUCAGCCGCAUGUGUUAAUCAUGCAUUUUUUUGUUUGAAUGUUCCUCAAUCCUCAGCAGCAGUUCGUUGUGUACAUCCUCUUUGUGGCGUUAUGUGCGAUCAGACCGAUAUCAUACAAGCCUUAAUAGACAGUGCUGCUCCAACUUGUGGAAAUGUAGACGCUGACUGAGCCCUUGUUGUUUCCUCCUGUACAGGCAGCCAGUUGCUGAAAUUAGUUGCCUAGCAGCUGCAAAGUUAAUUCGGAAUUAAAAAGAAAAUGGGCUAGAUGACUUCUGCUCUUGUGCACAAAAAGCUCCGUUUGUUAUCAGUUCCGUUUUUUUCCAAGAUACUUUCAGUUGCUUCACUUGUUUGUUUACAGCUUCAGUAUCUUGGCCUGGCAUCUUUCUGAUCAGAUACCAAUGCAAUCCAAUUCAUCCUGUCAUUCAAAAAGAAAUCAUAUUCAGAAGCAACAAGAAGGCUGAGAAGUUAAAAGUAUUUAAAACCACGUUUUACACUGAAUGUUUUCUAUUCUGUAGAGAAAUAUUAAUAUAAUUUGAGGUCUAAUGGAAUCAAAAACAUAAAUUUAAUUUUUUUUAAUUAGUUUGUGGCACUGGUGUCAUCUUUUGUUUUCUAAAGCUAUUUUUAUGUUUUCUUCAAAUUAAUACCCUUGAUAAUAUUAAAGGAUUUAAUCACAGCAUCUCCGGACUUUUUUUCUGAGUUUCUCUGUUUGCACAGUGCAAGUUCAGGGGAAGUUUAAUCAACAGUUGGUCAACCUGUUCCUCAGUGCAUCUCGUCCAUCAACAGAACCGUUGUCACAGCCACAUUUACAUGCAUCCUGUCAUUUAUAAUAACACAUCUGCAUUUUUCCAGUCCGAUGACGUGACUGCAUAAACUAGACGUACGAAAGGCUGACGUCAAAUUCACUUUCAGAAGUUGUAGAGAUUUAAGUAGUGGUUAUUUAGCAGUCAACCUUUUGACUGACACAAUGGCCAACUGUUUUAAUAUAUAGUCACAGGGUGUGAGCGGAUGUUAAGAGAUUGUAUAAUUGUGUACAUAAUGUAAAUGAUUAUGAUCACUUUUAGAAAUUGCAACAAUGCUCUUGUUUUUUUUUUUUUUUUUGGCAGUAGUUCUUUUGAAAGACGAGCCUCGAGUUCCAUCGAAUACCAAAUGUUCCCCUGGUGGAAAAAGCUACAGCAAGAUUUGUUAAACGUGUCUUUAGGGUCGGAGCUGUAAUUCCCUUCAGUGAUGCUUCUCUUUGGGAGGAAAGCCACUGGCAGAAUGCUGUAGUCUCGCACAGCAUAUUUCCAACUAUGUAAUUAGCCGUGGUUUGUUUUUGCAUGAUGUGCACUAUUGCACGGUCACUGAAUCGAGUUAAUUCUAACUCAGGGACACUUUUUUUUUUUUUUUUCUUUUUUUUGGGGGGGGGAAGACUGACAAUGCAACGGCUGUGGCAUCAACUCUGAAUUUGAACCUGAAUAAAGAGGCUUUCUGAGGAAA